UUGGGAGGUUUUCCAGCUUUGUUGAUCGUUCCUCGGACCUGGAGCUUUCUGUCUGUCCUAUUUGACCUAACUUUCAGCCUGCAGAGCUUUGGAUAAGACACUGAAAAGACCCUCAGAGCAGGAGCUAGUCACUAAGCUAUAAGGAGAAGGCCAUGUCGGGAUCAUUGCCAUUCUACCAAAAGCACCACCGUCAUUAUGACCGUGCUUACCGUAGCCGGGAGGCGGAGUCUGCAGUCAGCCACUACCAGCAGAGCUCCAGCACUUACUCUGCUCACAGAACCAGCUCAAAAGGCAUCACAGAUACUGCCUUGGCAUCUGUGGGUGAGUCAAGGCUGAGUCCCCUGCCAAAGAGAUCCAAGCCUACCUACCUGGCCGUGGACAAAGAGAACCAGAUUAUAGGCUAUGUGGUGCCCAUCUUCAGGGGAAGCCAGGAAUUUGCAAGUGGUCUGUCAGACACUGAGGAGGCUCGGGCUAAAGAGAGCGCUGCCUACCUGGCACGUAGAGACCUCUUCAGCAGUGGGGUUGAGAUGGAACGCAAGUCUCACAGAACCGUCAUGAGGCAAUCAGCAGAGCACAUUUCCCUCACCAAGAGGAUCCAUGAGAGCGAAGAGUACCAUAAGCGUCUGAACGAGGAUAACCUAAUGCAUACCCCAGAGUUUGUGAUCAAGCCGCGCUCACACACUGUGUGGGAAAAACAGUGUGUGCGGCUGCACUGCACCGUUACAGGAUGGCCUGAGCCACGAAUUGUGUGGUAUAAAAACAAUGUCAGCAUUGAUCCCAUGGCUAACCCUGGAAAGUACAAAUUAGUGAGCAGCUACAAUGUUCACUCUCUGGAAAUCAACAGGUGUGACUUUGAUGACACGGCGCAGUAUCGUGUGUCUGCCAUGAACAGCAAGGGGGAGCUUUCAGCUUUUGCAUCAGUCGUUGUUAAAAGAUUCAAAGGUGAAGUUGAUGAGUCUCUCCCAACUCCCAGACUAUUGCCCUGCCUUGAGUAUGGAGUGACUUUCGAAACCCAUAUUGUGGAGAAGUUUGGUGUGUCCUUCGGGUGUGAGGGAGAGACUAUGAGUCUGGGCUGCUCUGUUAUCAUCUACCCAAUGCUGCAGCGCUUCCAGCCUGAGAUUGAGUGGUACAGAGAUGAUAAGCUGCUGGUGCCAUCGAAGUGGGUUCAGAUGCACUGGAGUGGAAACAGAGCCACACUGACGCUCACACACCUUAACAAAGAGGACGAAGGACUGUACACACUCCGAGUCAUCACAAAGUCUAGCUUUGAGUCACAUUCAGCCUAUGUCUUCGUCCGAGAUUCUGAUGCAGAGCUUGAAGGGGCCCCAGGUGCUCCACUAGAUGUGUUUUGUCAGGAUGCUAAUAAAGAUUAUGUCAUUGUUACAUGGAAACAGCCUGCUGUGGAUGGAGGCAGCUCCAUUCUGGGCUAUUUCGUGGACAGGUGUGAAGUUGGCACCACACACUGGAUUCAGUGCAAUGACACUCCAGUUAAGUUUGCCCGCUUUCCUGUUACCGGCUUGGUCGAAGGCCGCAGCUAUACUUUCCGUGUGCGUGCUGUGAAUAAGUGUGGCAUGAGUUAUCCCUCUCGGGUGUCCGAACCUGUGGCAGCCAUGGACCCUGCUGACCGUGCACGCAAAGGAACCUCUGCUCCUUGGACUGGACAGAUCAUUGUGACUGAGGAGGAGCCUGUUGAGGGUGUGGUUCCUGGCAAACCUCGUGAGCUGAUGGUUAUUGAGUCCACUAAGACCUAUGUGGUGCUGAGCUGGAAGCCCCCUGGCGAGAAGGGACUUGAGGGGGUCAUGUACUAUGUUGAGAAGUGUGUCGCUGGUACAGACAGCUGGCAGCGUGUGAACACUGAGAUUCCAGUGAAGUCUCCACGCUUUGCACUGUUUGACUUGUCUGAGGGCAAAUCUUACCAUUUCCGUGUCCGCUGCUGUAACUCUGCCGGUGUAGGUGAACCUUCAGAACCCACAAAAGCCACUAUAGUUGGAGAUAAGCUAGACAUCCCAUCAGCUCCAGGCCGUGUCAUUCCCACCCGGAACACAGACACGUCCGUUGUUGUGUCAUGGGAGGCAUCACGUGAGGUUAAAGAACUGGUGGGCUACUACAUUGAGGCCAGCAUUGCUGGAAGCAAUGUGUGGGAGCCCUGUAACAACAAGCCUGUCAAAGCCACCAGGUUUGUAUGUCAUGGCCUGAAAACAGAAGAGAUGUAUGUUUUCCGUGUAAGAGCUGUUAACGCUGCUGGAAUCAGUGAGUUCUCACAGGAGUCUGAAGCUAUCAAAGUUAAAGCUGCCAUUGGGGGCGGCAUUCCUCAUGGUGUGUUUCUGGAUUCAGGGGGUAACAAAGUCGGACUAACCCAGCACAGGCCAGAUGAGGAGGGCAGGCAUGCGCCCCCUCGUCCUCCUGCUACCACGCUGCUAACUUCCCUAGCUAAUGUUAAUGAAAGGGUCAAUAGCACAGGCCCUCAAAAAGGAGGAAACAGAGGCAAUGUAACCUGGGCACCUGAACCCAGCUUUGAACCCGGUUGUCAGUUGGGUACCAGUUUAAACACUAACAUAAACGAUGUACCAGACCCCAGUACAAAAACCGAAAUGAACUCUAAACCUGGCAAGAAUUUAGGUAUCAGAACCGCCACAGAACCUGGUAUCGAUUCAGACCCAAAAACAAGCGGUAAUACUGGUGUCCAUUUAAACAGCAAGACAGACACUGAAUCUGGCACUGAAUUAAACACCAACAUAGGUGCUCAAUCUGGCAGCAAUUUAAACAACAAAACUGGCACUAAGACUUUAAAAAUGAAGUCAAACACUAAAUCUGGUGCCAAUUUAGAAAGCAAAGCUGACGCUGAAUUAUGUACCACUUCAAAUACCAAAACAAACACUGAACCAAGUACCAAUUCAAACACCAAGGCAAACGCUGCUGAGCCGGUGUCUGAGAACGCUGCUCACACCUCCAUUGAAGGAAUAAAGGAGCCCACGACUGAACUGCAUAAGGGAACGCAAGCAAAACGUAAGUCCUCAGUAGAGCCUUCUCUGGAACAAGGGCAAGAGCAAGAAAGAGAUAAAGGGCGCAGAGGUUCAGCAUCCCCUGCUCCACCAUAUGGUAUCACUGUACUGGAGUGUGUACGGGAUUCAAUGGUGCUAGGCUGGAAGCAGCCAACCUUCAUCGGCGGUGCUGACAUCAUCGGUUACUUUGUGGAUUACCGUGAGAUCAUAGAUGGAGUUCAUGGAAAAUGGCAUGAGGCUAACAUCAAGUCAGUUAGUGAGCGAGCCUAUAGGGUCUCAGACUUGAAGGAGAACAUGUUGUACCAGUUCCAGGUUCGUGCUGCAAAUAUGGCUGGUGUGGGCAUCCCAUCUCUGCCCAGCCAAACCUUUAAAUGUGAAGAGUGGACCAUUGCUGUACCAGGUCCCCCACAUGACCUACAAGUACUUGAGGUGCGUAAGGACUCGUUGGUGUUGCUGUGGAAAUCACCAGUGUACCAGGGUCGAGACCAGGUCAACGGCUAUUACGUCGACAUCAAGGAGGCCGAGGCAGAUUUUGAAAAAUGGAGAGGAGUUAAUGAGAAAGCCACAAGCAAGACGUACAUGAAGAUUAAAGAUCUGAAAGAGGGGGUGUCCUAUGUUUUCCGUGUACGAGCACAGAACAAAGCUGGUGUGGGCAAAGCCUCUGAGGCAACAGAGCCAGUGCUUGCUGAAACUAAACCAGGCACUAUGGAGAUGGUUGUGGAGGUUGAUGAUGAUGGUGUGAUAUCACUGAACUUGGAAUGUAAUAAUCUUACUGCUGACUCCAAGUUCGUCUGGUCCAAGAAUUAUGAGGAGAUUAAAGACUCUACACGCCUCACAAUGGAGACCAAGGGCAACAAGUCCAAAGCCAUCUUUAACAGUCCUUCUGAGGAUGACCUGGGAAUUUACUCCUGUGUUGUCACCCACACUGAUGGAGUCUCUGCAAGCUAUAUCCUCACUGAAGAGGGACUAAAGGACCUGCUGAAGAUCAGCCAUGAGCACAAAUUCCCUGUUAUUCCUUUGAAGUCAGAGCUGGCUGUGGAGCUUUUGGAGAAAGGUAGGGUUCGAUUUUGGCUGCAGGCUGAGAAGAUUUCUGCAAACGGCAAAGUUGAAUAUGUCUUUAAUGACAACAUGAUUUCUCAGGGAGAGAAAUACAAGAUGAACUUUGAUAAAAAUACUGGUGUCAUUGAAAUGUUUAUGGAGUCACUGGAGAAAGUGGAUGAAGGAACAUUUACUUUCCAACUUCAGGAUGGCAAAGCCACCAACCAGUCCAGCCUGGUGCUUAUAGGAGACGCAUUUAAACAGUUGCAGAAAGAAUCUGAGUUCCAGAAAAAAGAAUGGCACAGGAAACAAGGUCCCCACUUUGUAGAGUAUCUUGGUUAUGAGGUCACACCUGAGUGCACUGUAAAACUGAAUUGCAAGGUUGGUAACAUGAAGAAGGAAUCUAUGGCAAUAUGGUAUAAAGAUGGAAGAGAGAUUAAGGCUGAUGAGAAACUGAAUUUCUCUGAGGGAGUGCUGACACUGGAAAUUGCCCAGAUCUCUAAGAAGGAUGCUGGCGUAUAUGAGGUGGUCGUGAAAGAUGACAGAGGCCAAGACAAAUCCACACUUAACCUGACUGACCAAGGCUUCAAGGACCUGAUGAAUCAAGUAUUUAGUGUUAUUGCUAACUCCUCCACUGCUCUGAAGAUCCAGAGCACUGAGGAGGGCAUCCGCCUCUACACAUUUGUCAGCUAUUACAACGAUGAACUGCUUGUCACCUGGCAACACAAGGAUGCUGCUAUUGCCUUCUCUGAUCGUAUUAAGAGUGGUGUGGUGGGUGAACAGCUGUGGCUGCAGAUCUCUGAACCAACAGAAAAAGACAAGGGCAAGUACGCCAUUGAGUUCUCUGAUGGAAAAGGAGGAUUGAAGAGAACAAUUGAGCUAGCUGGUCAAGCAUAUGAUGAUGCCUAUGCAGAAUUUCAAAGACUCAAAGCGGCAGCCAUUGCAGAAAGAAAUCGUGCUCGUGUGGCCGGAGGACUGCCUGAUGUGGUGACCAUCCAAGAGGGCAAGGCUUUGAAUCUGACAUGUAACAUCUCUGGAGAUCCAGUGCCUGAGGUGACUUGGCUGAAGAAUGAGAGAGAAAUGGUGUCUGAUGACCACUACAUCCUUAAAUUCGACUCUGGCAAGUUUGCCAGCUUCACCAUCAGCAAAGUGAACUCAAACGACUCCGGAAAGUACAGCAUCCUUGUAAAGAACAAGUACGGUACAGAGAGUGGCGAGUUUACCGUAAGUGUCUUUAUGCCUGAUGAAAUGCCCGUCAAGAAAAAGUAGAAACCAACAAACACAUAUGGAUAAAAAGUAAAUAUGUAUAAAUGUUGAGAAGCAGAUAAUAUGUUCCUUUUUAAACGUGUAGAUUUGGGCAUUAGAUAUCUAACAUUACUGUUAUCCAUACAAAAUCUCUCAAUUACAGCAAUAAUUUAAAUUGAAAAGAAAAUACAGAAUGGUGCUUAGGUUAAAAAUGACAAUCUUGGUCCAGUUUUUUUGUCAAACCACCACAGUAAUUGUCCUCAUCUUACAUUGUAUUAGUAGCAUUAGCAUAAAAAAUUAUAAAUAAUGUCCUAUAAUAGAGGUUUCCAAACUUGACUUUGAUAAUCAGCAGCUGGCUUUGUCAGUUUUGCUCCAUUUCCCAACACACUCAUUCUCCACAGCUAAUUACUAUGAAUCAGAUACAAAAUGUGGUCUGCUUAAACGUUUUUAUAAAUUAAAUUGGGAAAAUUAAAUUGACAUAUUGAAAGAUAUACUGUACUUUUAGUUUUCAACCUAAUCUCUAUACGUCACAUGUGUUGCACACAAUCCAGUAACAUAAUCCAGACUUUUGGGAUGUUUUUGGGAGAAAAGAAUGGAAACCAGUGUGUUUGAAACACAUAUGAAUUCUUUGAGUGCUCAACUGACACAGUUGUCCGUGUCUGAGGGAGAGAAGGCCGAAUGGUGCCUUUUCUGGCAUUAAGGUGCUGGAAAGCAUACAGAAAGCAUAGCUAAUUUCGGUGUCAGAGGAGACAUGUGCUAGCCUGCAGCCCUCCUCGGCCACCAGAAUUGCUGUGCAAGAGACAGAGAUUGCCAGAUUGCAUGUACAAUUGGAUAUAUGCAAUUAGGGACAAUGCAAUUAAAAAAGUAAUUACAGCCUAUACAGGUUUUCCUGGUAUUCUCAGUACAGGGGCAUAUUUAAAUUAUAGUUAGUGGUAUUAAUUAAAAUUAGGCUGAAUAAUGCUGCAGUAUUUCUUUCACUUUUCUCUAAGCGUCUGUAAUUUUAUUUGUUGUGUGGUAUAACUCCAGAUUAGAGCGGCACUUUAGUUUUAGCCUUUAUCAUGCUGUAAUUGUGUGUUAAGUGUGCGUGUGUAUAUUGUGGCAUUUUUGUCAAAGAACUGCAGCACUGAUGCCUGCAUAAACAAUUUAAAGCAUUGACCUAUAGGGAUAUGUGUUCCAAAUAUUUAUAUUUUAAUUUAAUUUAAUAGGUCAUUACAUGCAUGUAAAAUCUGGCAUCACAUCCUUUUCCAUCAUGACCUGUGUUCAGAGCACUCCACCUUUUUAUGUUGCAUAGGAUUUAGCACCACGCCCCAGGCACUGUGUAAAAAAACUGUGACAUCACUGUGUUAAAGCUUUGGCAACAUUUCUCAUGUCACUUUAAGAUGAUGAAGUCUCUGUUUCUGUCCUGUUGCAAUAAAAUGAGCACAUAUCCCCUCA